GCUAUCUCUAAUCCAUAACCAAAAAUUUCUUCGUCUCUGUCUCCAAAAUCGAAUCAAAAUCUCUAAAGUUUCAAUUUUUUUGUUCUGUUCUUUUUAUUUUUUUAAAGAAUGGCUUCAAUUUCUGCAACUUUGCCUUCGCCAUUGUUACUCACACAGAGAAAAUCCAAUCUCACAUCGAUUCAAAAACUCCCAUUUUCUCUAACUCGAGGUACGAAUGAUCUUUCUCCAUUAUCUCUUACUCGAAACCCUAGCAGCAUCAGUCUGAUGGUGAAAGCUAGUGGAGAAAGCUCAGAUUCAUCGACUGAUCUCGACGUUGUUAGUACGAUUCAGAAUGUUUGGGAUAAGUCUGAAGAUAGGUUAGGUCUUAUUGGUUUGGGUUUUGCUGGUAUUGUAGCUCUUUGGGCAUCAUUGAAUCUCAUCACGGCAAUCGACAAAUUGCCCGUUAUCUCGAGCGGAUUCGAACUAGUUGGUAUCUUGUUCUCCACGGUAAGUAAUAAGGCUUGGUAUCAUCUCAAUAAGUAUAAAUGUUAUGAUCCUUGAUUCUUCUAGCAUUUGAUAUCUCCAUUUCUGCAGUGGUUCACAUAUCGAUAUCUCUUGUUCAAACCGGACAGACAGGAGCUUUCGAAAAUUGUCAAGAAAUCAGUAGCGGAUAUACUUGGCCAGUGAACCUUGUGUGUGUGAUAAUACUUCAUCUUUGGAAGAUGAUUUGUUUGCAAGUUUGUAAAAUUACAUGACAGGGUGGUUGUUGUUUCUAGUCCAAUAAUGUCAUGCAUUUGAAACCUGUAAAUACUUUAUUGUUGGUUUUUGGUUGUGAGCAAAAUCAAUCUUUUCUAAUUUCAAAGAUUCUCUUUUAUGAUUAUACGUUUUAAAUCAGGGUUUCAAUUUUAUUGUUUCCGCAUAUCAAAAGCCAUAAUUUUUCAAGUUCAGAGCUUCAACAAAUUUGUUAUUUCUCAAAUCCAAAAGCCCUUUUUCUAUUUCACGAUUCUGGCUUUUGUUUUGUU